AUGAAACAUGAUCACAGACAAGUCCGAAGUCGUGUGGUUGGUCAAAUCAUAAAAACCAACUUCGAGGAUCCAAAUUGUCGUUAUAGGCCGAAGGAUAUUGUUAACGACAUGCGCAAAAAUUAUGACAUUAACAUCCAGUAUGAAAAGGCGUGGCGUGCAAAAGAAGUAGCCUUGGACCUUUUGAUGGGUUCCCCCAAGAAGUCUUAUACUCUGCUGCGUAAAUAUGGCGAGGCGUUAAAAUUUGUGAACCCAGGUACGAUAUUUAAUUUGAAGCUUGAGGAUGAUAAAUAUUUUCAAUAUGCAUUCAUGGCCCUUGGAUGCUCUAUAAGGGGGUUUAGAAGCUGCAUUCGAUCAGUUCUUGUCAUUGACGGUGCUCAUCUGAAAGGAAAAUAUAAAGGUGUAAUACUUAUUGCCUCUUCUGUUGAUGGUAAUAAUCAGAUUUAUCCAGUAGCGUUUGGAAUCGUUGAUAAGGAAUCAGACAACUCUUGGACUUGGUUCUUGGAUCAAGUGAAGAGUGCGAUUGGAGAGGUAGAUGGAUUGGUUUUCGUGUCCGACCGGCAUCAAGCCAUUAAUAACUCUGUAGCUAAUGUAUUCCCUAAUGCUGAACAUGUUAGUUGCAUGCAUCACAUCAAGAUGAACCUUAAUGAUAAGUUCAAGAACGAGGGCAUGCAGAUGUUGUAUCUUCAAGCUGCGCAAGCAUUCAAGAAAUCAACAUUUCGGUAUUACUGGAACCAACUUGCUGGAUUCCCAGAAGUGCAAAGGUACUUACAGGAAGUCGGGUUCGACAAAUGGUCACGAGCCUAUCAACCUGAAUUGAGGUACAACCAAAUGACAACUAACAUUGCAGAGUCCAUGAAUGCAGUACUUGUGCAUGCACGAGCUUUGCCAGUCACUGCACUGUUAGAAAAUUGUCGUGUGCUUCUACAACGAUGGUUUUAUGAACGGCGGACACAUGCAGCCACAAUAACAUCUUGUCUUACUGAAUAUGCUGAGGACAUUCUAAGACAAUCUUCUGAACAAGCCCGACGACACACCAUUCGACCUAUCGACAAUUACGAGUUUGAGGUACACGAUGGUAGUAAUAAGGUGCGUGUCAAUCUGAACAGUAAGACUUGUUCGUGUAAACAGUUCGACUACUACCAGAUUCCAUGCUCUCAUGCUAUUGCUGCAGCGGUGCUUCAAAACGUGAACCGUUAUACAUUGUGUUCAUCCAAGUAUAAAUUGGAGACACUAAUUACUGCAUAUGCUGAACCAAUCUAUCCACUGGGCAACGAGGAGGCUUGA